GCUUUCCCUACUUUGAUAUUGUUCGUUUUUGUCCUUGUUGGCCAUGGAUUUUUUUUUUCAGGUUUGUGCACUGCAUUACGCAUUUAAUCAAGUCCACAUUCAUUUCCUUCUGUAAACUUAUUAUAUAUAUAGCUGCUCAAGAACCUAAGUGGAGAGAAAGUUAAUAUUAUUAUAAGAUCGCAAGGAGCAGCCGAAGCCCUAAACAAACAAAGGCGCAGAGAGAGAGAGAGAGAGAGAGAGAGAGAGAAACUACGAAAGAAAGAGAUGGAAUGGAGAAAAUGCUACUUGGAUGUCAUUCUUGUACCACUAGGGUUUCUCAUAACUGUUUCUUAUCAUGCUUGGUUAUGGCAUAAAGUUCGGACUGACCCACGAUCUACCAUCAUCGGCAUAAACACCAGCGGACGACGAUUCUGGGUCUCGGCAAUGAUGAAGGACAAUGAAAAGAAGAAUAUCCUGGCCGUCCAAACCCUUCGUAACACGAUCAUGGGAUCAACCCUAAUGGCCACUACAUCAAUCCUCUUAUGCUCCGGCCUAGCAGCCGUGAUCAGCAGCACAUACAGUGUGAAGAAACCGCUCAAUGACACUGUUUACGGAGCUCACGGGGAAUUCAUGGUUGCUUUAAAGUACGUUUCCCUACUCACAAUUUUCCUCUUCUCAUUCAUGUGUCACUCGCUUUCAAUCAGGUUCAUAAACCAAGUGAACAUCCUAAUUAACAGUCCACAAGACCCCAUGUCCUUGGUGACUCCAGAGUAUGUGUCUGAGCUUUUAGAAAAGGGUUACUUGUUAAACACUGCGGGGAACAGGUUGUUUUAUGCAGCACUGCCUCUUGUGCUUUGGAUAUUUGGACCGGUUUUGGUGUUUUUGUGUUCUGUCACAAUGGUUCCCGUGCUUUACAAUUUGGACUUUGUGUUUAGUAGUAGCACUGAGAAGAGAAAAAUGGAUAUUGGUAAUGAAAAUAGGGAUGAAUUUGUAUGAAUUCGGCAUAUUCCAAAGUGAAGAUGUUUGGUGCGUGCAUGGUUCAAUCAUGCUGAAGAAAUUGUAGAAAUUAAAUCCAAGAAUUGUCAACUUUGAAGUUUGAUGAUCCCCUUGAUAUGAAGUAUUAAUGAAUUCCAUAUUGUUAUUCA